UGGAUCAGAGGAAAGAAAUUGAUGACAUCAAGGUUGAUGGGGACACAGCUCAUCCAAACUUGUCUAUUGCUGUGGACGAGAAGAGUUUUACGCAUAAAUCACAAGUCCAGAAAGUCACUCAAAAUGACAUGAGUUUUGAUUCAUCUGUUUGUGUCCUGGGCUCAGAAGGUUUCUCCUCUGGGAAGCAUUACUGGGAGGUGGAUGUUGAAAAAAGCAAUGACUGGGACCUUGGAGUAGCCAGGAAAUCCGCUCCGAGGAAAGGAAAAAUGUCUCUGUUUCCUAAAGAAGGAUUCUGGGUUCUGGGCUUAAGUUUUAAAGAUUACUGGGCAAGAACUGAUCCAUGGAAACGGUUAGUGAUGCAGAAAAAACCCAAGAAAGUUGGAGUGUACCUUAAUUGUGAAGAGAAAAUUUUGACUUUUUUCAAUGUUACUGACAUGUCUGUGAUGUUCACUUUUAAAGACUGUGCAUUCUCGGAAGAAUUGUAUCCCUUCUUUAAAAACUCACACAAAGAAUCAACUAUGAGAAUUUGUUCAGUUAAAGAGGAAUAA